AUGGACUUUCAUAUUUAUCUGACUUUGCUUUUCAUUUUUAUAAUAAGAUUAACUAAACACAUCACAGUUCCAGAAUCUUUAAUAACCGCUAUAUUUGCACCAUCAGCAUACAAUGUACAAUUAAAAGAAUAUAACGAAUUGUUGAAGCAAAGAAGAGAGCUAAACAAUGAGCAAAACUUACUAAGUGCUAAAGAUCAUUACGCCAAAUGGACAAAAAACAACCGUAAGUUGGAUAAACUAAACAAAGAAAUCUCCAGUAAGGGAGAACAAUUACUGAAUAUGAAGAAUACCUUUAUAAACAACGCUGGCAAGUAUAAAGUCAUUUUGAUCACUUUGCCCUUUUUUUUUGUCAAAUUUUAUUUUGGCAAAAGAUUGGUCUAUAGCUUUAACACUACUGACAUUGGUACCCACAAUAAUAUUGAUAAAAUGUUUCCCAAAUAUUUCCAAGUGUUAUGUACUGUUGGUUGGUUUGGUCUUCCUAUUUUAUUCAUCAAAAAGUUUCUUUUGGAAAUUUUUGGUGAAAAUUCAACCCUUGGUAUGAAGUUGGCUGGUAACAAUAAUUUUCUUUUAACUUCUGGUGUUUCUUUAGGAAUUUGGAUUUGGGCAUUGGAAAAAAUAAUUGAUGAAAUUGAAUUUGUUGUACAGAACUUGUUUGUUAAAAUCGAUAAACCAACAAUUGCGAACGAUAAAGAAUAUACCACUUCAGCUGUCCCAUCUACUGCUGAAUUAGAUUAA